AAUAAACCAAAAAAUCAUGUGCUGUGAAAAUUGCACACCACUGGGCUUCCUCCUCGGCCUUCCCUUUGCUUUUCUUUCUCUCAUCAUCUCUAUUGUCGGCGUUGUUGUUUGGAUCGUGGGGUUGUUGUUGACACUGAUCUGUCCUUGUUGUUUGUGCGUGACGGUGCUAGUGGAGAUGGCGCUGGAGUUGGUCAAAGCUCCAAUUCAUGUCAUGGAAUGGUUCACACAACAUAUACCUUGUUAAUAACCUCUCUUCUGGGCUUUUCUCUUUUCUUUCGGUGCU